AAGAGGUACUAAAAUGCUUCUUUAAACUUUAAAAAUAACAAAAUAAGACGAACAUGAAAAACGAUAUUUAAAAACAUUUUGAGGCUUCAAAUAGAACAAGUUAAGAACAUUUCGUGGCUUUCUGUAUUGUUGCAUGUAUACUUCAGAAGAAUAAAAACAUCGUAAUAACGAUAAGUUCUUAAAUGAUGUUCUUUGGAAAUAACUGAAAUUUAUAGAAUUAACAGAAUAAAAUAAUUUGUAUCUCGUUCUUAAAUAAUCUUAAGCUUCGUGAUAAUAGAAAGUCCAACCAAUCAGAUUUUUCGGUAAUCGUGGUCAAAUAAAUAAAGGACAUAAAUAAAUAGAAAUAAAUAACUAAGAAAAUAAAUCAAUAAUUCUAUAGAACAGAAAUAAUUGCACAUUUUUUUUUCAUAUAUAGCAUGCUGUUAGCUGUGAUUUUAGAUUUAACUGCGAACGCUGUUUCGUAACAGGUUCUUUCAUUUACGUUUUCGCACGCUUCACUGACUACCAUUUUUGCUGAAAAUAUUUCGUGCUCAAUACUUUAAAGAAAUGGAGAAUGGAGAUAUGCAAGUACCUAAUUUAUCGAAUCACAUCAAUUAUUUUAAUUGGACCGUGAAUACAUUCGAGGCAGAAUUUUAGUAUUUUUUAUAAGGAUUUGGUUAUAAAGCUGUUGUUCGUAUGAGUUUUAACUCAAUUUGCGCAUGAUUUGACCACUUCAGCUAUCAUUGAUGUGAUUAUAAUUUGCAGCCAUUUGCAAAUCAAAACAUAUAAACGACGACAAACAACGACGUUAUAAAUACAUACAUGUAUGGAAGUUUUUGUUUUUGGUUAUGAGACGAGUGUUAUGAUUGAUUGUCGUGAAAUUUCAUGGGAGCAGUAUUACAAACCGCUGGAGCGGCUGAACUUGUUGCAGAGCUUACUUGCUGUGCAUGUUCGUCCGUGUGCGGACUUGUAACUAGAGAUAGUGCCACUCGCGCAAAAUUUCGAUAUUGUUCGUUUUUAAUGUUAGCAACGGUAACUUGUAUCAUCCUAUUGAUACCUGGUUUGCGGUCGAAACUCGAUAAAAUACCGAAUUUAUGCAAUAAAGUCGUAACUUCCGAAACUUGUGAUAAAUUUGUUGGUUUUGAUGCUGCAUACAGAAUAUUAUUAUCGCUCACUAUAUUUCAUUUUUUGUUAGCAGUUUUAACAAUAAGAGUAACUCGGAUAAAUAGCUUCCGUGCAAAAUUUAAUAAUAGUUUAUGGUUGUUUAAAAUGGGUUUAAUAUUUGGUAUAACGAUUGGUUCAUUUUAUAUUCCGAGAAAAACCGGAUUUUUCCGUAUUUGGAUGUACAUCAGUUUAACCGGGGGUUUCAUGUUCGUUAUGUUCCAGAUUAUUCUAAUCAUCGAUUUCGGUCACUCGUGGUCUCUCUCCUGGGCAGAGAAGUUGGAGACAGGAUACACCAAACUCUGGUAUUUUGCAAUGGCUUUGGUCACACUACUCAUGUUUUCGCUAUCACUUGGAGCUUUGUGUGUUUUCUAUAUAUUUUUCACUCACCCACCAAACAUAAUGAAAUGCCAUGCAAAUGUAUUCUACAUAACAUUUAUCGGUAUUCAAUGUUUCUUAGCCAUUGUUGUCUCGAUAACCCCGUCUGUACAGCAAGAAUUGAGUGGAGCUGGUCUUCUUCAAAGUUCUGUUGUUGUUUUAUAUACAAUGUAUUUGACCUGGAAUACAUUAUCCGCGGAACCAGAUAUUACAUGUAAUCCGCUUGGAAACGUCAUACUGGAAUAUGAUUCGUUAACAGGAGUAAGCGCAGAAUCGAUUUUUGGCUGCUUGCUAACUUUAAUUUUGCUUAUAUUUGCUUGCACUGUUCGAGCAAGUACGUCACAUCUAGGAAAAUAUGGACUGGCUUUAGCAGAAAGUGAGGAUUUCGCCAUGGCAACAUACCGCGAAGACGAGGCGAAAGCUAACGUAGAAAAGCAACUGGAAUCUGGUGAAAAAGAAAUCUCAUUGGGUGAAUACGUUGGAUAUAAUUAUUCCUUCUUUCACAUAAUUAUGUCACUAGCUUCUCUGCAUAUUUUAAUGGUAUUAACAAAUUGGCAUUCACCAGAUGAAAAAUCAAAUAUGAAAAAACUAAUCAAAAAUUGGGCUUCUGUGUGGGUACAGAUGGCAUCAAGUUUUGUCUGCAUUUUAGUUUAUGUUUGGUUUCUUGUAACCCCUCUUGUAAAAAGAGUCUGGGGACCUACAUUUGGAGUAAUAAUGGAUGAAGAGACAAACUAUACGCCUCAUCAUGGUCAAAAACCACCUAUUUCUGUUUCUAAGGUAAACUCAGAAAGAUUAAAAUCGCGACUAGAAAUAUUAAAAGAGAGAGAAAAAUUUGAUAAGGAUCAUAAUAAGGACUUUGAACCUCGACCAGACAGCCGUAACACAUUUGAGCCCUUUGUUAUGGAUCAACCAUUGUUAAAGAGAAGGGACUCAGAGGAAUCAAUUAUUUCUGCUGUGUCAGCAAUUUCAAAUGCAAGAAAUCGAAAAUCUAAAAAAAAGAACAAACUUAUUACUGUUCAAGAAACUGAAGAUAAUGAUAAAGAAAUUGGAGUACCAAGUAAAGUUAUUAUUCCUCCGCCAUCUUCAAAUUCAUUACAUAAAGAACAGCGUUCGAAAAAGUAUACGAAAAGAAAGAAACACGAUAAAGAAGUCAUGUACAGUUCCUGUGAAAGUCUCGCAUCACGUGUUUCGAACUAUGUAAAACAAAAUGUAAAUAAAAUAAAACGAAGUGCCCCGUUUAGAAAAGAAGAAAACGAGUCAGAAGACUAUAAUAAAUUACCAAACGAUAACAAAAUAGAUUUAAACCAAUCCAUGAAACUCGGAAAUACUGCUGCCACUUUACAUCAUGAAACCGAAGAAAAACUUCAUGAAGAUCACGUUACAGGUAAACACAAACACAGUAGACAUGAGAAGCACGCGUCAAAAACAAAUAAACAAAUAAAUGACGGCGAUAUCGUUUUUGAAACAAAGGUGACUCAACAAAAACAAAGUAGACUUCAAGACAAUCCGGUGUCACACGAUGCAGAUGUAUCUCUUGUACCUAGUGUAUUUUGCAAGAAAGCUCAAAAACCUGAGACUGCAAAAGAGAUUCUCAAGUUGCAGUGGAAGAUAUUAAGAACACAAGCUAAAGUUGUCAAAAUUCAAGAAAGAAUUAUACGGCUACAAGCAGAAGCUGAAAUGGCGGGAGACAAUAAUGCCUUCCCAACUGUAGAGAGCAACUUUGUUGAAAAGAGACCAGUAAGGACUAAAAGUCACCAUGGCAAAGAACAUGGGUAGAUUCUUUUUAAUUUAGAAGAUUUCAAGGCGAAAUUUUUCUCACAAGCGUUGAAUAAACGCUUUUACUUUUUCUGCAUUUCUGUAAAAUAUCAAUGUUUAUAGGUUUCCAUAACAAUAACAAAAAGCAA